UUUCCGAAUUAAAAUUUCGGAAUCGCGGGAAGUAAAUCAGCAACUGAGAAAAACACAAAUUUUGCCUAUAAAUUCGUUGUUUUGAGACUCAAAAUGCCGAAGAAGCAAGUUAAAAAUGCCUUUUAUUUCUAUAUGAAAGAACUUGAACCACAACUAAAGCGGGAGGGACGAGUUUUCCCUCAUGGAAUGGCAGAUAUUGUUCCCAUUGCUCAUCCACGAUGGAAGAUUUUACCAGAAAAAGAAAAAGAGCGGUUUGAAAAAAUAUCUAAAGAGUACAAGGCUAAGAUGAGAGGAGCUGAAGGGGACAAAUAUAGACAGGAUAAUACAAGAACAUUGUUAUCUGAGAGAAGAGAUGAAUAUGCAGAUUUACAGAAGAAACGAACUAAAGAAAGAAAUUCUGUAAAAUCACAAUGGCCAACAGGAAAAUUAUUAGCAAGUGAAAAGUUCUAUCUACUGAACAUUCAGACAUUGUGCAAGACAGAUGAUGGGGAUUAUCUCCCCUGUGAGAUUGGUGCUAUUGAGUAUAGCAUUAAAUCUGGUAUCACCAAGACACUGCAUAGAUUCAUUGAGCCAGGAAGAAUUCCAACUGGGUACAGAUAUGAGUGCAAGAGUAAAAGUGAAGAUACCCAUCAAAUUCCUAUCGAGAGGUUUGAAAAGUCUGAUGCCAAUUAUCGUGGACUUUGGAUUCAGUUGGAAAACUUUGUAAAUCCAAAUGGUGAAAAACCUGAGUACCCUCCCUUUUACUGUAUGGGAGGAGAUGUUGAGGAGCUAGAAUAUUCAUUAAACUGGGUCCAUGACAAAGCUUGUUUAGGAUAUGCUAACAGACUGAAGAGGGUAUAUAAUUUAGAAGGACUUGUUCAGGAUUUAUUUGGACAUAUUGGACAUUCAGUGUCAGAAACACAAGUGAUUGAUUUAAUGACAGCACAUACAUGGGAUUUUGAACCAAAAACCAGAUGUGACUUCCACGAAGAAUUAGAGUGUAAAUUUUGCUCCCUUGGAUUUGUAAACAGAUAUGCAUAUGCCAUUUCUGAUAGUGUGUGUCCAUUGUUUGGUGUUCAGAUAACACCAAAACAUCUGCCGAUCCGUGAAGAAGGUUCGGUAUCAUGUGUUGUACUACCUCCCUCCUCCAUGAAGAUAGAUAGGAACCAAGAAGCCAGAAUGCCAUCACGAAGACCCCAGAAUGACAAUAGACCACAACAACAACAACAGCAACAGACAUUUCAACCUGCUCCUACAAAUAGAUAUGCUCCAAUGUUAAACAGAGGUGGUGACAGUGAAGACGAUGAUGACGACGAGGACGAUGAAGAAUAUACCUCAUUAAGGCGACCACAUAAUCCAGCCUAUUCAGGAAUGGGUGGUGUACCAAGCGGAGCAGGAAGAGGUUUAGCAUCCUUAGCACCAUGGUCUGGUGUACCUGUACGACCUCAGAAUACCCCUAAUAUUAUAGACCAAAGCAGUUUUCCUACUCUUGGUGGCAAUCAGUCAACCAUGGCACCACCUGGUCUGUCUGGCAUUGGUCGAGGCAAUCCAAUUGCUGGUAUUGGACGUGGUGCACCUGUAGCUCAAAUUGUUAAUACAGAUCAGAAGUUUGCAGGACGUGCCAUGGCCCCAGAGCCGACAUUUGCUCCACCACCACCAGCAUCAUGGCAGAAUGAUGUCAAAGAACCACAGAAAAUAACGAUGGCUGACAUAUCCAGAGGAUUACAGCAGUCAAAUGCUGCCCAAGAUAGAAAUGGACAAUCUGGUGUUAACCUGUCUCAACUCCAGGAUAGAAUGGCAGUGUCCAUGCAAUAUAAUGGGAGUGUCCCAACAUUCCCAACACCUGUCAAUCAGCAGCAGAGGAGCCAAUCAAAUGCCAGAGGAGGAAUGAUGGGACAGUUUCAGGGAAUUCUGGGUAAUCUCCAGAAAGGCAAAAAAUUACCAAUGGGAAGAGGAUAUGCACCACCUGGUGCUGGAGAUUUUUCUCAAAUGGUUGGACAGAUGAAGAUUUAAAACUAGUGCAAUCUGGUACCAGAAGAACCAGUGAGAGCUGACUGUGAUGUGAAGUUAGUGCUGUGAUAGUGCUCGACAGACAGUUUUAUGACAAUUGUGAAGUUCUAGUCAUUAUAUGGCUUUUUUUAAAUACUCUAAAGGGAUAAAGGUUCAUCAGUAUUGUAAUGUGCCAAGAGGGAUGUGACUUGUCAAAAUAUUGUUAUGUAUAAUUCGCUUAUUUCAUAUUGCAAUUAUGAAAAAGUGAUUCGAAGAUGAGAUUGAGAUUUAAUUUAAAUCCGUUUCACUCAUGAUGUAUGUAUGAUGUUCAGGUUUCAGAUAGUAUGUAUGAAGUUCAGGAUUUAGAUAGGAUGUUCUAUGUUCAGGUUUUAAGAAGUAUAUAUAUAUAUAUGAUGUUUAUGAUUAGAUAAAAUAAUAUUUCAUCAGUUGAAAUAAUAAUAAAACGUCCAACUCUACGCAAUUUGAUAAAGGGGUUUCUUUUGUUUUUCCAGUGAAAAAGUUUUGAGACAGCCCUAAUGUUAUAAUUGUAGAACGUUAAUAUUUCAAAAUGCAGUUCUUAAAAUUGCUGUUUUAAUUUCUUUUUUUCAGUUUCUUUACAAUUAGGUUUUUUUUCUUGUUAAGUUUCUUAAGUAUUCAGAUGUAAUACAUUUUAAUAAAUCAAUAUUUGCUAA